AUGCAAAUCAUUUGUCGAGUCGUCGAGUUCUUGUCUGCGAUUGUCGAAUUAAAAUCUACCUUUGUCGGAAAUUAAAUAGAAAAUAGAAGUUUAAUCGAAAAACCAAAAGCCAAUUUGAAUAACAAGAUUGUUUCAAUAAUUCGCACUAAUUAAUUACAAAAAGAUAUUCAACAAAAAUUUAAAUAAAAUCCUGUAGAGCAGUGCAAAACGCACAAAAAUAAGGAAUACUAAAGGCGGCAUUUUUAAUUCUCCCGAAAGAUUUAGAAAAUGAAUUAUUCGAUCCGAAACUCUUACACACGCCUGAUUUUUAUUUCUACGAUUAUACUUUCGAACAAUUUUAAUUUCACCAUGUCUUCUCUAUUAUCAAAGGACUCAAACGUACAGAGUUCUUUGCUAUUGUGAUUCGUGCGGGUGAUGAAUUUUCUCAUCGCACUAUGUCCAAAAAUGAUGAUUCUUCAUCGAGUUCCGAUGAUGAAAAUUUAACCAAUGCUUUUAGAGAAGCAUGUGACGAAAAUUUUUUACCACAGUCACUAUUCGACACUAAAAAUUCUUCGAUACCGGAAUCUGACACCAAAGUUGAAGUAGAAAUUAAACCUUCGCUAAGAGUCACAGAACGUGCUGAUAAUUUUGAGAGUUUUGGAGUGUCGCAGAGCUUCAAGAACUAUGUUGCGAAGAAGUUAGAUGCUUUGUUGGACAGGAGCAUUCUGGAUGACAGUUGUAAUGACUUAGAAGAGGACAGUCCAAAAAAGAAGAAAAAGAAGAAGCGGCGUACGAAGAACGAAUGUGGAAUCAAACUUUUAAGUUCCUCCUCCGAACCUAUAACAGAAAUUGAGCAAGUCCAAAGCGAAACUCAAAAACGUAUAAUAAAACCAUGGAAGUUUACGGCAGAAAGCGAAGCAAGAAAUAUGAGAAAGUGUCAGGAAGUUGCAGUUGAUGGAAAUUGGGUUCUUUCCAAGGCUGAAACUAAAGCUUGGAAGGAAAGAUGUAAAGGUGCUGUAUUCAAGUACAAAAAAUCUCGCAAUGGUGUGUUAGUCGAAGAUCAAUAAUCCGAAUGUAUAUCUAAUGUUUUAUCAGCAAUAUAUUAUUUUUUAUACAACCUAUACAACAGUCUUUUGAGAAAAACAUUAAGAAAUUGUAGAUACGAAUAUAAUUUGACUUGUUUUAAGGCA